AUGGGAAGCAAAAUUAAUUUUCUUGUAAGAGGCUCUCAACAUCUUUAUAUAAUCAUCUCUGCCCCAGCAGUUUACACCCUGAGUUCUCCUGAUCUCUUUGUAGGGAAGAAGAAUGACGUAUACGAAUGGGCCCGAGAUCACCGCGCCCACCACAAGUUCUCAGAGACACACGCUGACCCUCACAACUCCCGGCGUGGCUUCUUCUUCUCUCAUGUGGGCUGGCUGCUUGUGCGCAAACACCCGGCUGUCAAAGAGAAGGGCAGACAACUGGACAUGUCUGACCUGAAAGCUGAGAAGCUGGUGAUGUUCCAGCGGAGGUACUACAUACCCGGGCUCCUGCUCAUGUGUUUCAUCCUGCCCACGCUGGUGCCCUGGUAUUGCUGGGGGGAAACGUUUGUGAACAGCUUGUGCGUGAGCACCUUCCUGCGAUACACUUUGGUCCUCAACGCCACCUGGCUGGUGAACAGUGCCGCCCACCUCUACGGAUAUCGUCCCUACGACAAGAACAUUGGCGCGCGAGAGAGUAUACUAACUUCAGUGGGAUCACUGGGCGAGGGCUUCCACAACUACCAUCACACCUUCCCCUAUGACUACUCCACCAGUGAGUACCGCUGGCACGUCAACCUCACCACGUUCUUCAUCGACUGCAUGGCUGCCCUCGGCCUGGCUUACGACCUGAAGAGAGUGUCCAAGGCCGCCAUCUUAGCCAGGAUUAAAAGAACUGGAGAUGGGAGCCACAGGAGUGGAUGAGUUCCUGUUCCAAAU